AGUAUUAAUGCAUGUGAAAAGUAUGAAUGCAUGUGAAAAGUAUGAAUGCAUGUGAAAAGUAUUAAUGCAUGUGAAAAGUAUUAAUGCAUGUGAAAAGUAUUAAUGCAUUUGAAAAGUCUUAAUACAUUUGAAAAAUAUUUGGAAUGCUAUGUUUGAAAAGUAUUGACACAGUUUUGAAAGUUCUCAAAUGCAAAGCAAAAUACUCAUUGUGUGGUUACUUCCCUGAUACGGUGCCCAUUUGGUGUCCACUUUCUUCUCAUAUGAGCCAAGCUCAGUUCUAGUUUAAAAAAUAAUAUAUAUAUCAUAAUUAGAACUGCUAUGUGAAAGGGAAUUUUAGCGUAUUUUUUUUUAACCUAUUUAGGAUUUGGCGAACAUUAUUGGAAUAUUUUAUAUUUGAGAAUAAUAUUCUUAGAGAGGGUCAUAGGCCAACUUUCUGUGAUCUAGGCAGGCCUAAUCAUUCUACUUUUUUUUUUGGUUAUUAUUUUUACUAUUAAUACUUAUUAUUAGUAUUAUUUACUGCUAUUUGUACCUCUGAAAUUAUGCUAAUAAUAUAACUAUAAUGACACUGGGUAAUUCACAUAAGAAGUGUUUGUGUUGCAAUUUUUUGCUGCAAUAUCAAUGGCAUUGAUAACACAACAAGGGAGAGUGAGAGAGAAAUUAAAAUUGAAUUCAGAGAGCAGAGAGCAGAGAGAGAGAGAGAGAGAGAGAGAGAGAGAGAGAGAGAUUAUGCACACAAUGGCGACCGAAGAUAUGUUUCAAAACCUUUGGUUCCUUAUCCGGGGACUAGCUCUCACUCUGCCAUUGGGCCGUGGGGUCACGUGGUACAACUAACUUUACAAGGGCUGCUCGCAAGUAGGAGGGCUAUAUGGAGCAGAAAAACGACAAAGCUAGAAAAAUAAAUUUCCACUGCAGAAAUUAAUGAUCAUGAGCUCGUAUUUGAUGGACUCUACCUACAUUGAUCCGAAAUUUCCUCCAUGCGAGGAAUAUUCACAAAACAGCUACAUCCCCGAGCACAGCCCCGAAUAUUACAGCCGCGCCAGGGACCCUGGCUCUGGUUACCAGCAUCACCAUCAGGAGUUAUACCCUCCGCGGGCGAGCUACCAAGAGCGCCAAUAUAAUUGUGCAAGCAUCCCUGAACCUGACACGCAAAGGGGACAUGGACUACCCCAUUCUGCGCACCUGCUUGCAGGGAAAGGGCAGCCAGCCUCAUGUGAGACCCCACAGUUACCCAUGUCCCCCAUCACUCCACCAGCUGCAUCCUCCGCCUGCAACCAAGCUACACCGGAGCAUCCAAACAGCUCAGCCUCCUCCAAGCAGCCCGUGGUAUACCCAUGGAUGAAGAAAAUUCACGUCAGCACCGCGAACCCGAAUUACAAUGGACCGGAUUCCAAGCGGUCUAGGACAGCCUACACUCGACAGCAGGUCUUAGAAUUGGAGAAGGAGUUCCACUAUAACCGCUAUUUAACUCGGCGGAGGCGCAUUGAGAUAGCCCAUACCUUGGUUCUCUCCGAACGACAAAUCAAGAUUUGGUUUCAGAACCGCAGGAUGAAGUGGAAAAAAGACCAUAGGCUUCCUAACACCAAAGUCAGAUCCUCCACCACGAGCAUAUCCUCCGGGUCCAACACAACCUCAUCAGCCGGUGUUGUCGCCACUUCCUCGGCCACUGGUAGCAUUACUCCAGAUGAACUGUCCGGAGUAGAGGAUGGCGAGGAUAUUACAAGGUUAUAAGGCUAAAAGAAAAGCCCUUUAAGAAGGGGGAUAGAGAAUGACUGAUUAUUUAUACUAUAUUAUAUAUUUUGUUUUCGUAGGUAUUUGUGCGGUUUCAUUUAAGUCCAAAGUUAUAUAAAAUGCAUGUUAUAUCGCAUGGAUUUAUACGAAUACUGAUGAGUUAUUUUUACGUGACACAGGGUUUAAGUUAUUUAAUGCUGAAUCAAGAUUAUGUUUUUUUUACGAGAAAAAUGUGUUGAAUGAAGGAAAUUAUUGUACAUUUAAUCUAAAUGUUAUUGUGAGCCAUUUGUUUGCCCUACCGCCCAAGUUGAAAUGCACAAUCUAUUUAUUUCAAGCUCAACACUGGAAGAAUGUCAUUAUUAGGCAAUCAUAGUUAUUUUUGGUAAAAAUGCUGGAACGUACCAAUGGAACAUUGAUCUUGAACGCAUAUGUUUAGGAUUAUAACAAGGUGAAUUAGCUCCUUGCUUUCAGAAACAGGAUUUUUAAUUACAAUCUAGUUUGUGGUGUGUUUAGCAGAUUAUUGUGAAAUGCAAUACACAGAGUUUAGUGUAUUUGUUAUAAUCAUAUUGGUCAAUAAAACAGUGGGUGUACUCGUUUUACGCGCGUUUGGAUCGAUUCAUUCAUGGCCAACAGAGUGCUUAUUGUUUUGGUGACUGUGGCCAUUGAUGUGGUGGCCGUUAUAUAAAAUAGUAUUGUCACAAUUUACCAAGUUCUUUAUUGAUGGUUCAGCCUAACAACGCAUUAUUUGUUUGGCAAUGUUUAGCUAUACAUUGUUUAGCCUAUGCCAAAUAUGAUACUGACGAUUUGAAAUGUUCCUUUAGAAUCGUUCUCGAGGUCGGCACUCGUAUACAGAUCCACCGUUCAUAUCCCCCCUAAUCCAAUAAUAAUCCAUAAUUCUACUCCAAAUAAAGGGUUAUGGCCUGGCUGCAUGCAUCAUAUUAUCCUACAUGUAGCUCAUUAUUCUCAAGGACAUUCAAUUAACUUGGCAAGCCAUUCCACCAGGCCCUCAACCAUGCCCCUUCAGAUUAUACUGGCUGGCUGGAGCCCUGCUUCCUGCUCAUUACUGAACAUACAGCUCUGCACAUACCUUUUGGAAAUCAAUUUCAUAUUGCCAAAAUAUGACACAUAAUCAGUUGUGUUGAUGGUAUAUGGGCUCAUAUUAAUUCAUUGUUUAGCCCCAAUUGCAGGUUGCUUCUUUUCUUCUAAUAAAGUCAAUAACUGAGAUCAGAUUCUGAAAGGCCUAAGGCCUUGAAGGACUACAUCGUGGACUAUAAGUGAGAAUAUAGCCUGCAAAAGAUUGUAUUCGGAUUAUAUCUACCAGCAAGACCUGUUGCCUCUUAAAAAUAUGCAUCCAGAUUUUCCAAGAUGAUCUUGUAUAAAACAAUAGUUUG